ACGAUACAACAUAAAGGAAAUUCCACUAAGAAAUAGGAAAACUAAACAAAAUUAUCCAGAACGUUAGGCCCAUUACAAUAACCAUUAUAUUUAUGGGUUUUGAAACUUUUAUCCUAUCACUACUGAAGUCAAAAAAUAAACCACCAAUCAACAAUGUACCUAACCAAUAAAUUACAGGUUAAGAGCGGGCAUUAAGGCACACAGCCUCAGGUACCACAUUAAAGCCACACGAUGAAAAAUAAAAAAAAAUUUUUUAAUGUUAAAAGAAAGAGAUUUUGAAUUGUUGGAUGGCAGUAGAAGCGCAUUAAAUAUAGGGACGGGUUAAAAAGCCGAGUGUUUCUUAGGUGCUGCAUUCUGAUUGGUGCGCUGCUGUUGGUCCGGUUCCUAAUAAAUAUGAUGAACCGACCUAUGCAGUUCAUUCACAGUAAUACUUCGAGCGAGGAAGGUUCUAUUCAAUCGUUUGUCUUCAUUUUAGUAUAAAUCUAAAAUGUCUAGUCGUGGAAAAGGAGGGAAAACAAAGACGAAGGGAAAGUCAUCCCGUUCGUUGAAAGCGGGACUCCAAUUUCCUGUUAGUCGUAUCCAUAGACUUCUGAGGAGAGGUAAUUACGCCGAACGUGUGGGAUCUGGUGCUCCUGUCUACCUGGCUGCAGUUAUGGAAUAUUUGGCUGCUGAAGUUCUGGAAUUGACUGGAAAUGCAGCACGAGACAAUAAAAAAUCCAGAAUCAUACCCAGGCACGUUCAACUCGCCAUCCGUAAUGACGAGGAAUUGAACAAAUUACUAUCUGGAGUCACCAUCAGUCAAGGAGGUGUUUUGCCAAACAUUCAAGCGGCACUUUUGCCAAGAAAAACUGAAAGGAAGGCAUAAAUCAUAUAUAUAUAUACCAAAUGGUCCUUUUAAGGGCCGCAAAUUAUGUUCAAGAUGAAGGAUCUUUCCGGAUUUUGAUUUUUUCUUUUAAUUCUUCGGAGUUACAAUUGCCAGAAAAUUUUCAAAUUUACAUAAAAUAUGUGGACAUAUUUCAGUAACUAUGUAUAACCUAUUAUUUUAUAGUAUCCUAUAUACAUAAAUACUAUAGACUGAAUCUCUGGAAAGUUAUCUGGUAAGGCUCAUUGUCUGAUAGACCAAUGUAUAUGAAAGGACCCAAACGAUACUAAAAAUUAUAACAAAGGACAUGAGUACUAUGGGCCGUGCUAUAAGCCCUUAUAAACGUAUUGGAAAAUUGUUCGUAUUUUUAAUAGAAAAAUAUUUCAUCAUUGUUUUCAUUUUUAUUACGUUAUAUCAUUAUAUAAUAAAAAUGAUGUAUUUAUUACCCGAAUUAAAAAUCUUAAAGUAUUUUAUCUUAAAGUAAAGGUACAAUCAUUUAUGAUCAAUGUAAUAAGAAAUUUGUAAAAAAUGCAGAUGAAGUUGACGGUGAUUUGGAAUUGGAACUUUUUGACCUAAACUUAUUAUACAAGUUCGAAAUGAAUCCAUUAAUAACAGUAUAAUAAAUAAACGUAAAUCAAUAGUACCGCCAAAAGUUAGUGGGAAGGCAGUGAAGAAGGCUGGUAAGCCCAGAAAAAUAUCAGUAAAGCUGACAAGAAUAAGGGACGUAGGAGGAAG